AAAAAUAUAAUUUUCUGAUUGAUGUUGUACUGUUCUGAAAUAAUUCAGUUAUAAUAUCAUCACUCUUUAUUUUGAAUGUAGAGCCCAUUAAAUUACUAAACAAUAAUAUUUAAAAGUUGUCAUAUAGUAAAUCAACGAAAAAUUGAAGUAACGGGAAUGGAAAUAUUGACUGAUCAUUUUUACAUUUUAAUUGUUAUUUGUUUAUUUUUGUUUUUUACUAUCGUAUGAGCGAUUGAGGUGUGCAGUUUUGGAUGUUCCAACAUUUCAUGAAAAUAUAUAAUAACAAUUGAAUUCAUAAAGAGUGUACAUAACAAGUGAUUUCAAGUAGCUUUUAGGUUAUAUAUUAUUGAUAUAUUUGUUGAUAUUUAGAUAUGGAUAAUGAAAAAAGUAAUGUAUUGAUUACAUCAGAGACGAAUAAAGAUAUAAUAAUGGAAACAAAUAGUGAAAUAGUACCGGUAAUAAUUGAAGAAUUAGAACCAAGUCAAGUUGCCGCACUUAAAGUUGAUAUAAAUGAAUUUGUUGACGCUAAUACCCUAGAAGUUUGUGAAUUACCAUCUGGUAAUAAUGACAAUGAUACCGCUGAAAAUAAUGAAGAUGAUAACUUGGUGAUUGAUGAAAUUCAAUUGUCUGAUGAAGAUGACAAUGAAGUAAUGACUCCAGAAGAGGAAGCUCGUUUGACCAGACAAUUUUUGAAUGGUGAGCUUACUUUUUCAGAAUUUACAUCUCUGAUGGACAGGGGUAUUGAUGAUGUACCUCCUCCAGCUACUGAACCGAUUCCAAUUGAUGGAAGUAAAAAGUCGAAAAAAUCUGAGGAAACAAAAAGACCUCGUAGAAGAAAUCGAGGACGUCGUCGAGAAAAUUUACCUACAGCUUUGAAAGGUUUAAUGGGUGAAGCUAAUUUACGUUUUGCUCGUGGCGAGCACAAAACUGCUAUUCAAAUGUGUAUGGAAAUAAUACGACAAGUACCAUCAGCACCAGAAGCUUAUCAGACUCUUGCUAUGAUUUACGAGACAGUAGAUCCUGAAAAAGCACUUCAUUUUUCAUUAAUUGCUGCCCACUUGUCACCUAAAGAUUGCGAACAGUGGACACAUCUUGCUAAUAUGUCUUUACAAAAUGGUGAUGUCAAGCAAGCAAUAACUUGUUAUAUAAAAGCUAUUGCUGCAAAUCCAAAGGAUGUAACACUGUAUAAUGCAUGUGCGAAACUUCAAUACGAACGUAACAAUGAUGAUGAUGCUUACGUAAAAGCUUAUAAAAAAUUAUUAAAAAAAUUAGACACCGAAGAUGGUGAUGUGCUUGUUCACUACGCAAAAGAAUUGGCAAAAAUGUUUGUAGAAAAAGAAAAUUAUCAAGAAGCGGCCAAUUCAAUGGACCAAAUUUUUAACAAAUGCCCAAACCGUGUAACUUAUGAUGAAGUUAAUAUUUUUGCUGAUUUUUUGAUAAAGCUUAAAAAAUUUCAAAGAUGUUUAGAUAUUUUGACAAAUUAUACGGGUAUCGGUGUUAAAUAUUAUGAAGAUUCUAUGCCAGCAAUUGCAUCGGGAACUACGUCAUUUCCACCGCCAUUUGAUGAUAAACGACAAAUAGAAACUUGUACACUACCAGAUGAAACGCCGAUUGAUUUAAAAGCUAAAUUUAUUGUUGCCAUGGUUGAGUUGGGAUCUACAAAGCAUGUUCAAAAUUAUAUGGAUGCUUUAGCUCAUGAAGAGACUGAGAAUGUUGGUGACUUAUUUGUUGAUAUUGUUGAAGCAUUGAUGCACGUCCAAGAGUACUCAAAGGCUUUAAAGUUUUUAGAAUUAUUAAUAAGAUGUAAAAAGUACAGCAUGCCUGCAAUAUGGUUAAGAUAUGCAGAGUGUCAUGUUGGUUGCAAACAAUUAAAAGAAGCAAUACUUGCUUAUGAAAUAGUUACUAAAUUAUCUCCAGAAUUAUUUGAUGCUAAAGUACAAUUGGCUACAUUAUACAAAAGCUUUAAAAUGUAUGACUGGGCAAUUAAUAUUUUAGACCAAAAUUUACAAGAUUUAAAUCAAGUAAUUUACGUUGAUGCCUUAUACAUUCGUACAACGCUUCUAUACAAAGUAGAACGUUACGAUGAAUUUCUUGAAUCAGUACAACUUCUUCUUUCUCGUCACUCUAUAGAAAUAAAAGAAAAAUCCGAGCUUACUUAUUUAAUGGCAACGACGGUAAAACAGCGUUGUGAGAGCCUUCAGCUUCAUCGUCUUUCAUUUGCGCAACCUCUACAAGACUGUGGACCCACAUUUCACGAAACAGAAAAUAAGCCAACUGAUGAACAAGAAUGGAUUGUCUUUCUCAAAGCCUGUCAUGCUGCUUAUAAAUUAAAAAAAUACGGCGUAUUGCAGCGUAUUUGCUUUACAGCUUUAACUUGUAAAAAAUUUGAACCCCAGAUUCGUAAUCUUAUCUGGCUGUGCUUGUUAUCAUGUAUUUACAACAAUGACUAUUUCAAUGGGUAUAAUAUUAUCCGCGAAUUAGUUAGAGAUACGGAAAAACAAAAUCUGUGGAACAUACUAAAUAUUGUUAUUCAACGUGCUGAUGACACGAGACACAACCGUUUUAUAAUGCGAUUAUUAGGACGGGAAAAUGAUUAUUCUUAUUUACAUAUUUUACAUGCGAAUAAUUGUCUCGUUUCUGGUACAUAUAAAUAUGCAUUGAAUGACUAUGUUUCCCUUUUUAAAGAGUAUCCAGAUCCACUUCUGGCGAUGCUUAUUGGAGUUACUUUUUUACAAAUGGCGUGUCAAAAGUUUACUCCUAAAAAACAUCAACUUGUUACUCAAUCUUUAGCGUUUUUAAAAAAAUACGCAGAUUUACGGGGUCCAGAAAUGAAACAAGAGUCUAAUUAUAAUAUCGGACGUGCCUUACAUCAAUUAGGAUUUCUCUCAACGGCUUUAAAUUUUUAUAAACAAGCUUUAAAUCCACCAUCAGCACCCUAUCAUCAACUUGUUACUGAUAAUGAACAAUUAUUAAAUAUAAAACGUGAAGCUGCAUUUAAUAUUCAUCUUAUUUAUAUGCAAACUGGUAAUAAAGAUCUUGCUAGAAUGUAUUUACAUGAAUAUAUUGUAGUUUGACUAAAUUAAAAAGUAAUAUAAAUAAAUGAAAAUAUGUAAUUGUGUUUGAAACAUUAUUUACAUGAGUCAAAGGCGACUGCAACGUGAAAAAGUUAUUGUUUUUUUUAUUUUUCUCUAUUAUAUAUUUAUGAUUAUUUAUUAAAUAAAUGUUAACACAAAAAAUAUAUUAAGGAUCAUUAAUAAAAAAAAAACUAAAUAAAACAGUGAGAUAAAUAUAUGUAGAUAUAUAUAUUUAUUUUUUUUGUCGUUUUGUUUAUUGUAAUUUUUAA